AUGACUGUGCCUGAGCCCCCGAUGAGCUUGGAGGGCCAUUGCUCUACAGUCCAUGACAAUACUCUUUACGUCUAUUCCCCAGACGGAUUCGCGUCUUUGCCCCUAGAACGAAAUUCAACUUCCAACACCACAGUCGCUUGGAACACCCUAUCACCGGGUGUAAACGUCACUGGCGCUGCAUGUGUCACCGCCGCCGUGGAGGGCGACGUGGACAAUUUGGCAUUCUACGUAGUCGGCGGGUCCGGCGAUUCAACCACCUAUUCUGGCUUGCAACGCUAUGUCUACCAGGACCAGGCAUGGCAGACCCUGAAUUCGACUGACUGGUCAAUUAUGGCAGGUCGUCUCGGGCAUGCGGUGGGUUACCUGGAGAGUAACGCUACUAUUUUGAUGUAUGGAGGCACUGUGGGUUCCGAUACCGCUUCUCAAUCCACCUACGUGCUCCAGACUACAUAUCCAUAUACACUCGGCUCAAGCGACCCCAAUGGUGUUCCCUCGGCAGACUCGCCAAUGUUAUUGAAGUGGAAUUCGUCAACCGUCGCCUUGGUUGGUGGUUAUACCUCCACAACGGAGGUGUACAUCUAUGGAACUAAUAACGACAUAGGCUGGGUGGCUUCUGGAGCGACACUUCCAAGUGACAUCACCUCAUUGACGGGUCGUUUCGCCAUUGUGAGCGAUGAUGACGGGAACAAGAUCUUGGAGGACUUUAAUAUGGACGUCUCGCCGAAUACUAUCACCAGCUACGAGAUCAUCAAAGACGGAAAGGCCAUCUCGGCUAAUGUCACUGGAUCCGCAUCUUCCAAACGCAGCUUAGCCGACUAUCCCUCGUACAACAGCUCAAAUGCCGGAACCACGCUACGCUCUGAUUACGCAAUUGCUCAAAGCAGCGACAAUCUGGUUGUCAUCUCCGGCGGCAGCGGCAACAACACUGUGUCUAUCUUCAACCAAACAGCCAACGGUUGGGUCAAUACAACAGAACUAUUCUAUGGUAGUGGUACGCAGAGUGUCUUACAUGGAACCACUACCACAUCUAGCACCCCGACUGCAACAGCCUCUUCGACUCCCUCUGUAACUGCAACCCCGUCAUCGACUGCUGCUGCUGCUGCUGCUUCUGACAACUCCGGUGAGACCGGUAUCAUCAUCGGUGCUACGCUUGGCAGUAUUUGUGGUGCCAUCGUUAUUCUAGUUGCCAUCUUGUUUUUCCUCCGCCGCGCAAAGGAGAAGAGAGACCCAGAGGGUCAAGGAAAAGGUGGAGAUGGAAAGGACCGUCUAAGCUUCCAGGACCAAGGUAUAGAACCCUUGACCGAAGGAGCCUACCCCAUGGCAAAGAGUCCUGUUCCCGUCGCGACCGUGUCAGACGACUCCCUCGCUAUAAUGUCUGGCAAAUAUGCUGGAGAGAAGGCCUUGAAGGCCCCCGGUCAGGGCUAUGGAUACGGAUACGGAUUGGGCAAGCAAGGUCUAUCGCCCAUUCCUUCCAGUGGAUUGGCCCCAUCAAGCAUGUACUCUGAUGAUUCAGAUCGAUCUGCCGCCGUUGCUGCCGCCGUCGAGGCUAUUUCCAGUCCUGGAAACAAGCCUGGAGACCGAACCACUGACGAAGGAUGGGGCAAGUACUUUGACGACAACCGCGCGACACAUCUUGCUGGAAUGCAGUCUUCAGACCGUUCCACCAUGAGCUCCUCCUACACCAAAUCCGACUACCGUGGCAGCACCGCCUGGCCCAUGUCCAAUCUCGCGCCCUUGGAUUUCGGAUUCCUCGAUCAACCCAAACCACUUGGACAGGUUAACAGCGGCAGCCCCACAACAGAAGCUGGUGGCCACACUCGCCGCCUUGUCAUCCCUGAAAGCCAGUCCGCGCGAAUUUCAAGCGUUGAUUCGGUUAGCGUCAUGUCCGACGAUGACCCGCACGACACAAAUUGGACUGGAGCAGGCCACAGCAGCUGGCUAGGCCGUCCGACCAGCAGUAACUACAGCAAUAGUUAUUACGGCGGAAGCAACACGAAUCUUCCUGCAACAAACUCAAAAUCAUAUGCUCGUCAAUCUAACCGCCGGUCCAGUGUUAUCAUUCCAGAUAAUAUUGACGAGCAUGGGCCCUCUGGCACCUACAAUUCAGAUAUGAGCUGGCUCAACCUCCACGCCGAACGUUGA